GGAUAAAAAUCAGCAUGUGAAACUUGUAACAAACACCUUUUUCACAUGUGUGAGGGACAUAUUAAUUCCGUGCUGAAUGAAAGUUGCUGAACCAUCAUCUGAGCUUUACGUCGUCUUCAGAGUAUCACUUGGAACAACUUGGAACUUUACAAUGGUGUUCUUGAAGUAGGAAGCUCAAAGCAAAACCCGGAAACUUGUUACAAAGAUUGAGAAUAAAAAAAAAUGGGCUACUUGUCUUACUCCAUUGUGCUCUUCUUUUACAUGAUGAUCGCCUUUCUUAUCGUUAGUGAUCGAGGGAAUUCUAUAGAAAAUGCUUCAUUGAUCGAUGAGAUUGUUAGACGGGCAAAUAUCAAUGGAACCAUUGACUGGCUCAAGAAACUGAGGCAUGAAAUUCAUGAGUUUCCGGAGCUUGCACAUGAAGAAUUUAGAACAAGUGGAGUUAUUCGACGUGAACUUGAUCAGUUGGGAGUUAAGUAUCAAUGGCCGAUAGCCAACACGGGCAUAGUCGCAACUAUAGGCACCGGGCUGCCACCCUUUGUGGCCUUAAGAGCAGACAUGGAUGCUCUGCCAAUUCAGGAACUUGUUGAAUGGGAUCAUAAGAGCAAACUAGAUGGGAAAAUGCAUGCGUGCGGACAUGAUGCACAUGUUAGCAUGCUUUUGGGAGCAGCAAAGAUACUGCAAGAUCUCCGAGAUACGUUGCUGGGAACAGUAGUUCUGAUAUUUCAACCAGCUGAGGAAAAAGGAGUAGGAGCGAGCCAAAUGAUCGAAGGAGGAGCACUGAAAGAAGUAGAGGCAAUUUUCAGUUUGCAUGUAGCUUUUCCCUACCCUACAGGACAAGUUGCUUCCAGGCCCGGAGAAUUUUUAGCUGGAUCUGGAUUUUUCAAAGCAUAUAUUAGCAGAAACAAGGAACCGACAGCAACUUCAUCAGACCCGGUCUUAGCAGCCUCUGCAUCAGUAAUCAGCUUGCAGAAUCUUAUUUCACGAGAAGCAGAUCCUCUGGAUUCCCAGGUUCUCACAGUGACCCAGUUCCAUGGAGGUGACUCAUGCAAUGUGAUUCCAGAUUCAGUUGUGAUAGGUGGCACUUUUAGGGCAUUCAAUAAGAAAAGUUUAAAUGCCCUCAAGAAGAGAAUUGAAGAGGUGAUUGAAGGGCAAGUGAAAGUAUACCAGUGUGUAGCCAAGCUUGAAUUUUCAAACCUAGAUAAUCCUUUCAUUCCACCAACUGUAAAUGACGAGAAAAUUUAUCAAAUGGUGCGAGAAGUAUCUAGUGAGAUUGUAGGGCACAAAAAUAUACAGAUAGCUCAAUAUUUAAUGGGAAGUGAGGAUUUUGCUUUUUAUUUAGAACAUGUACCAGGUACACUACUACUCAUUGGAACAAGGAAUGAGAAGAUGGGAUCAAUCGACUCACCACACAGCCCCUACUUUACCAUUGAUGAAGAUGUGCUUCCCAUUGGAGCAGCAAUACAUGCAGCUUUUGCACAUUCUUAUCUGUUGAACUCAAGUCAAACCAAAGUAUUAUGACAUGACAAUGUUUUUGCUUACUCUAAUUUAACAUCAUUUUCUGAAA